AUGGACGUUGUGCAAGAUUUUCAAUUUGUGUUCAAUCUCCGUUUUAUGUUUGAAAUUCUUGCAAUUGUAGACAACCUUUCACAAGCCUUACAGAAAAAUGAUCAGGAUAUUCAAAAUGCUAUGAGGUUAUUAAAGUUGUGUAAGUACGCAUUGCAGAACAUGGGAGACAAUGGUUGGGAUACUUUGUUGAGUAAGAUAAUUGAGUUUUGUGUUAAUAGACAUAUUUUAGUGCCCACUAUGGAGAAUAUUGUAGUAUUAAAAGGUCGACCUAGGCCUUUUGAUGUAUGUAAGUUGGUACGUCUUGCUCAGCUCUAUCCUUUGGAUUUCAGUAGUGAAGAGCUUUUAUUACUUAGACCUCAACUUGACAAGUUUCUUAUGCUCGUGAGAAUGGAUGAAGCUUUCUUCAACCUCAAAACCAUAUCUUGUAUAGCUCAGAAGUUGGUUGAAACUGGAAGUUCUUGUUAUUUUCUAUUGGUUUAUAGAAUGAUCACAUUGGUUUUGAUAUUAUCUGUGGCAACUGCAAGUGUUGAAAGGGUAUUCUCUGCUAUGAAUUUAAUCAAGAAUGAUCUACGCAACGAAAUGGAAGAUGAAUUGUUGAAUGACAAUUUGGUGGUUUACAUGGAGAAAGAUCUUUUUAUAUAG